AGUCCGCACUCUACAGGGGGCAGCCAUUUUCUUAAAGGCUGUUCCGCUCGCGACAAUUUCAGAGCACUGACAUGAAAAAUCUGGGAUGCUUUCGGGUCUAGUUUUCAACUCUGGGAAUGAGGCAGAAAGAAAACACGUCUACCACUCAGGCAUAGGAGUGUCUAGCUCAAGUGUCUUACUACUUCCAGGUCCCCCAAUUUACUUGUUUCUUGGGUUCUUAGAAGUGAUGAAGCAAACGCAGAAAAUAGGGCCUAAGCCUGUUAAAGACGUGCUUCCACCGGCGGGUCCUAGGCCAGGAGUCUUAGGGUAUAAGUACAUCUGGGAGAAUGGAGUCCCGGUCCUUUAAGGGUGUGUGCCAAGGGGCGGAGUCUAGAGCGGAAGUUGUAAAUCAGGGCUGAAGUCCGGCUAAUGAAGGGCGGAAGUGGAGUGUCCAGGGUUGUAAUUAUGGCGCAGGAAGAGGAAGAUAUUCGAGAUUACAAUUUGACUGAAGAGCAGAAGGCAAUCAAGGCCAAGUAUCCUCCAGUCAUUCGGAAGUACGAGUAUUUGGAUCAUACGGCAGAUGUCCAGUUACAUGCGUGGGGAGAUACUCUGGAGGAAGCAUUUGAGCAAUGUGCAAUGGCCAUGUUUGGUUACAUGACAGAUACUGGGACUGUGGAGCCCCUCCAAACACUAGAAGUAGAAACCCAAGGAGAUGACUUAGAGUCUCUUCUGUUUCACUUUUUGGAUGAGUGGCUUUAUAAGUUCAGUGCUGACGAAUUCUUCAUACCCCGGGAAGUGAAGGUACUUCAUAUCGAUCAAAGAAAUUUCAAAUUACGGUCAAUUGGGUGGGGAGAAGAAUUUUCAUUGUCCAAGCACCCUCAGGGCACUGAAGUCAAGGCAAUAACGUACUCAGCAAUGCAGGUCUAUAAUGAAGAGAAGCCAGAAGUUUUUGUGAUCAUUGACAUUUAAGAUGCCAAAAAAACAAGAAAAACCCCCUCCUAUGAAGAACUGUUUUUUCUCUUCUUUUUAAGAAGAUACCAUGAUACCAUGAUAUAAAUUCUACAGUAUCUGUUGAUAUAUGGAGAUUUGCAGAACAGAACUUUUUUUUUUUUUUUAAUGUUUAUUUUCGAACUAGAGAGAGUGUGAGUGGAGAAGGGACAGAGAGAGACAGACAGAAGAUCCGAAGUGGGCUCUGCACUGACAGCACAGAGCCCGACGUAGGGCUCAAAUUCAUGAACCGCAAGAUCAUGACCUGAGCCAAAGUCACUUAACCAUCUCAGCCACCCAGGCGCCCACAGAACAGAACUUUUUUUUUUUUUUUUUUAACAUUUAUUUAUUUUUGAGACAGAGAGAGACAGAGCAUGAAUGGGGGAGGGGCAGAGAGAGAGGGAGACACAGAAUCGGAAGCAGGCUCCAGGCUCUGAGCCAUCAGACCAGAGCCUGACGUGGGGCUCGAACUCACGGACCGCGAGAUCGUGACCUGAGCCGAAGUCGGACGCUCAACCGACUGAGCCACCCAGGCGCCCCCAGAACUUUUUAACUUAAAGUGUGACUUUCAGAAAUGGAACAUCAAGGUGCAGGUUUGGUCCGUGUUACGCAAAUACUCAAACUUUAAAGAAUUCUUCAGGUGGCAAGUAUGGCUUCUCAUCUCUUAGUCCCCUGCUGUAGUAGCACCCUUCUAGUGAAACGUCCUGCCUGGUCCCCAGAGGGACCAACUGUGUCAGCAGCAGCCCAGGAUACUCUGAACCUUCCGUAGUCUUAUCGAAUUUAGUUUGAAAAAAAAAUAACAGUAACUUGAGAAAUCCUACAACCAGGACUUUGCUUUUUUCUGAAUUGGUUAACACAUAUAUUUUCUAUAUAUACAUUAAGAGAGGUUUUGUUUUAGAUUUCCUGUGGGACAGAGCCAUCCUGUAUGCCACUCGGUUUUCUUAGAAGAAAUAAUUAUAGUUGGAACAGUUGGAAGACUUCUCUAGAAAGAGUCCUGAGUUUCUCUCUUUCUCACUAUUUUAAACCACUAAUGUAUGGACACUUUUCCUAUUUUCUCGUAAGAACAAGUCAGUGCCCUUACAAACGAGCCCCUUCCAGGAGUGCCUGGGUGGCUCGGUCAGUUAAGUGUCAGACUUCAGCUCAGAUCAUGAUUCUCGCUGCAGUUCAUGGGUUUGAACCUUGUGUCGGGCUCUGUGCUGACAGCUUGGAGCCUGGGGCCUGCUUCAGAUUGUGUCUCCCUCUGUCUCUGCUCCACCCCUAGUCUCGCUCUCUUUCUUUCUCUCUCUCAAAAAAUGAAUAAACAUUAAAAAAAUUUUUAAAUAAAAAAAUGGGCCCUUCUAACGUGAUUUUAUAUUAAAGCCCAUAUAUUUAUACAGUUGGAGAAGAAAACUGUUUUACAUUUCUUUGUGUUUUUCUGAGUUCUUCAUUGUGGAAAAAAAACACGUUAAAAAUGAUCUAAACUUUUCAAAGUAGGUAAUGUAAUGAAACUGCUUCUGUUUGAUUUGCAACAUUAUUCUAUUCUCUGUUCAUUGAUUGAGGUAUUUGUUGUCACCACAAGAAUUUGCAAAGUUGCUAUUUAUUCGCACAUACAGGAGAAAAGAUUGCCACUGGGUGGUGCCAGAUACCAUUACGGCAUGCUAAACUUGACCUAAAACGAAAUGGUGAGCUUCCGAAGUGUUCUCAGCACUGUAUCUUUUGCUAGCUCUCUAGAAAAUAGAGCUAAUGGAGACUAGGCCAAGAGCCUACCAUUUGAAUAGUAGUUCUUGCAAUGAAUACAUAGCAGGAUCACUGGGGUGGUGUUUCUCCCCCUUCUUUAUUUUGAGGUACAUUUUGUUCAUUUGAAUUGUGGCCCUCUAAGCAAAAACUGUCUAGAAGAACCUCUCUGCCUUUUGUCAGGAUGAAUUUCCAGGCUAACCUAAGUCCCUUUUUUUCAUGGACCCCUUUGUAUAUCAUGUGCUAGUUGGGACAUUGAUUGUGAAAAUGAGCAGAGGGAUAUUGUGAGUCCAGUGGAAGAGCUGAAUCCAGAAUAAGAGCUCUUGGGAUGUAUUAAGCCAAGUAGGGUAUAGUCUUGACUGGGAAAAAAAACGGGUAACCGCAUCUCUUACCACCAGUGCUGUGUAAUGGGGUUCAGUAAAAGCAAGUCAGUUUUAAUUACACAAUAUGAAUUCUAUUUCCUUUUAUUUAUAAUAAAUUUAUAAUUUAUUAACUAUUUUAUGUGUAUUUUAAAAUGCAGUUUGUGGGGUGCCUGGGUGGCUCAGUCGGGUAAGCGUCCGACUUCGGCUCAGGUCAUGAUCUCACGGUCCGUGAGUUCGAGCCCCGCGUCGGGCUCUGUGCUGACAGCUCAGAGCCUGGAGCCUGUUUCAGAUUCUGUGUCUCCCUCUCUCUCUGGCCCUCCCCCGUUCAUGCUCUGUCUCUCUCUGUCUCAAAAAUAAAAUAAACGUUAAAAAUAAAAUAACAUAACAUAACAUAACAUAACAUAACAUAAAAUAAAAUAAAAUAAAAUGCAGUUUGUGUUAGGGGUGCCUGGGGGGCUCAGUCAGUUGAGCGUCUGACAUCGGCUCAGGUUAUGAUCUCACAGUUUGUGAGUUUAAGCCCCAUGUCGGACUCUGUGCUGACAGCUCAGGGCCUGGAGCCUGCUUCGGAUUCUGUCUGCCUCUCUCUGCUCCUUCCCUGCUCACACUCUGUCUCUCUCUCAAAAAUAAAUACUAAAAAAACUUUU